AUGAGUACUUUGAAUCGUCCCAAAUUAAAUGUUCCCUUGAGAACAAGUCUGGAUAAACCGUUGCUGAUGAAACGUGAAAGUUCGGUUAAUUUGAAACAGGUUUUCAGUGAAAAUACUGAAGAAUUUUGUACACAUUCAACAUUGCACGGUCUAAAAUAUGUUGUCGAUGAGCAGUUGUAUCCUGGUGAAAGGAUAUUUUUUGCAUUAUCAUUUGUCGCGGUUGUCCUGCUGUCGAUAUUCUUUAUACGCGAUGUUUAUGCCAAGUGGCGUUCCACGCCGGUUAUUGUCGGUAUUAGUCCGCAGCCAAGUUUUAUUGUCAAUGAACCAUUUCCGGCGGUAACAUUUUGUAAUUUAAAUCAGGCUUCAAAGAAGAGGGCCGAAGUGUAUAAUGAAUUUUCCAGUGAAUAUGCAAUGCUGCAACUAUUGUGCAAAAAAGAAGUCAAUCAAACAAUUGCAUCGGCUAUCAAUUGGAAUUUAUUUGAAGAUUUUAUUGUGAAUAUUUCCCAACCAUGUGAAGAGAUGAUAAUUGGUUGUAACUUUGGUGGACUGGAUUACAACUGUAAAGAUAUUUUUCGAACCAUUGUAACAGAUGAGGGAUUAUGCUGUGUAUUCAAUCAAUUAGAUCCGAAAUAUAUGUACAAAGAAAACGUACCCAGAAAACGUGAGCUACCCUACACGGAUGAUGCCGUUGCUGUGAAUUGGAAUCCUGAAAAAGGUUAUCCUGAUAAUUUACCCGACAAAUUCUAUCCACGUACAGCGGCUGGUACCGGACAGACACUUGGUCUUAGCAUCACAUUUGAUGUGGAUAUCAAUGACUAUUAUUGCUCCUCAACAUCAAGUGUAGGUAUUAAAAUGGCUUUACAUAGUCCGGCUGAAGUGCCACAUGUACGAGAAAUUGGUACCCUUUUGCCGGCAGGCUAUGAGACGAAAAUUCGUAUACGACCCGAUAAAACUGAAGCUGCCUUGAAUUUGAAAUCAAUCAAUCGAAAAUAUCGUCAAUGUCUGUUUGAUGGAGAGGAACAUUUGACUUAUUUUUCGUAUUAUAAUGGACGGAAUUGUGAGAUGGAAUGUCAAGCGCGUCGUUUACUGGAGCGUUGUAAUUGUUUGGCCUAUUAUAUGCCAUUGAUAGAGAAUAACACCAAGAUUUGUGGUAUUAUCGAUACGCCAUGCGUGAAACAAGUGGCACAACACAAUAGGAAUAGGUCACGAGCCGUAUUGGAAGAUUGUCAACAUUUGUGUUGGCCAAGCUGCUUUGAUUUGAAUUUCUAUAGUGAUUUCUUCUCCGCGCCCAUUUCGCAUGAGGGAUUUGAAAUUUCCAAUAAAUUGGUUAAGAAUAUGGCAAGUGAUUAUGCUGAGAAGAGUAUGGGUGUGGCACAUUUCUAUUUCACCGAUAACACCUUUCGCAGCACCAAGCAGACGGAAUUUGUGGGAAUUACAGAUUUUUUGUCCAGUGUCGGAGGUCUGAUGGGCCUCUUUAUGGGCUUCAGUUUUAUAUCGAUUGCCGAAUUUAUUUACUAUGCCAUAUUGCGUCCUUAUCACAAAAUCAAAAAACAUGAUCGCCUAAAUCAGUCCAAAUCCAAAUCGAAACCUCCACAAGAUGUCCGCGACUAUCAGGUUCGCUUUGUAAGUCCAACUGAAAGGACAAUUAUGCGUAUACCCGACCAUUUGACGAAAUCGAAAAAAUUACAAAUGUUUCCACACCCAAAUUUUAUUAUGGGUCGUCGGCAGAGUCCGGAAUUGGAUAAUGAUAUUUUUAAUAAACGCCCGUCAUGGAACAGUAAUCGAGGUUAUAAUAAAUCCAAAUAA